CCCCGCGGCGCGGCGCGGUCCCGCCGCCGGGGCGGCCCCGUCGGGGAACCGAAACUGGAAUUCACUGCCCCUCGGGCGGGGCUCGGCACCGGCCCCCGGCCCGGCACCUGCCCCCUGCGACUGCCACCGGCACCCCCCACCUCGGCGGAGUCCAGCCAGUUCCCCUCUGCACCCGGGUGGACACACAGGGACAUGACCUGCCGCUGGGCACUGAGGACACCCAACAUGAAGCUGUACCUGCUCCUAGUGUGCUUGGCUGCUGUGGCCGCAGCAUCCGUCACCCCGGGCUCCCUGGAGCACCCUCACCCCGGUCUCUGCACCCAGGGGCCUGUGCUGGAGUCUUCUCCCCGAAAGCUGACACUGACCAAACUGCAGCUGGUGCAAGUGGUACCACCUCCUGCUGACCACCCAAGUGCAGAGGGGAGUGUGGGGACAACGAGCCCACCCCAGCUCGGGACUGAUGCCCAUCCUGAAGUAGUGCCCAGUUUGGCUGCAACGCUCAACAUCACGGAGAGUCCCAGUCUGGGCACAGAGGGGGACGCAGGGACCGUGAGCCCACCUCUGCCCAGAACCAAUGCCCACUCUGAAAAGAUGCCCAGGUUGACUGCAGCCCUCAACGUUGUGGAGGGUGCCAGCCUGGACACAGAAGUGGCCACGGGGCCAGCAAGCACCCGCCCCAGCCCCACAGAGCCCAAGGAUGUUGGCACACCCCCACCAGCCAACAGGACCAUGGCAACACCUGUGCCCAUGACCAUGGAGUGGUCCACCAGCACCCCAGGCACAACCGCCCCACUGUGCCCAGGGGAUGAGGAGCCAGUUGAAGCCUGUGAGGCACCCACGGGGGCACAGACAGCUGCGGUGGCCGAAGCACUGAGCACCUUCGCCCUGCGGUUCUACCAGCGGAUGGCAGAGGCUGCUAAGCCUGGCUCCAACCUGCUCUUCUCACCCAUCAACGUGGCCUUGGGGCUGUCACACCUCCUGCUGGGCGCCCGUGGCGAGACCCAGGAGCGCCUGGGCGCUGUCUUGGCCUACCCACCAGAGCUGUCCUGCGUGCACCGCUCCCUCCGGCAGCUCACCAAGUCCCCGGGCCUCCUGUCCGCCUCGCAGAUCUUCCACCACAAAGAGCUGCACCUCACCCCCCGUUUCCUGAAUGAGUCGUGGCGCUUCUACGAGGCCCGGCCCCGGGUGCUGAGUGGCAACGAGAGCCUCGACCUGCAGCGCAUCAACAAGUGGGUACACAAGGCCACCCAGGGGCACCUGUCACGCCUCCUCGAGGAGCUGCCUGCUGACCCCCGCCUGGUGCUUCUCAGCGCUGUCUACUUCCAGGCCAAGUGGAAGACGCCGUUCAAGGCCAAGGACACAAUUCUGCAGAACUUCCAGCGCCGUGGGCGCCUGCCCGUUCUUGUCCCCACCAUGACGAGCAAGAAGUACCCCAUGUCCUCGUUCAGUGAGCCCAGCCUGCAGGCCCAGGUGGGGCGGCUCCAGCUAAGCCAGGGCCUGAGCCUGGUGGUGGUGCUGCCGCUGGGCGCCCCGGAGGCGCUGGAUGCUCUGGAGCAGGCGCUUAGCCCCGCUGCCUUCCUCGCCCUCCUGCGCAAGGCAACUGCCAUCCCACCCCGGGCCACCGUGCUGGCCCUGCCCCGCUUCCGCCUCGACGUUGCCCAGGACGUUGUGGCCGUCGUCCAUGAGAUGGACUAUGGGCUGUUCUUGGAUGCGGAGCUGUGUGGUUUGGCGCGGGGAGAGGCAGUGGCGGUGGACACGGCGCGGCACCGGGCGGUGCUGGCACUGGAUGAGUCUGGUGUGGAGGCAGCAGGUGCUAUGGCCACCUCGCUGGCCCGCAUUGCCCACGUCUUCGAGGCCCUGCGGCCCUUCCUCUUCGUGCUGUGGGAUGACACACGCGGCUUCCCCCUCUUCAUGGGCCGCCUCAGUGACCCCCAGCCCUGACAGCCCCAGGCACUGGCACCAUCCUUCCCCCUGCCACCUUCCCCCCUCCUCCUUCCCUCCAGCGCUCCUCCCUCCCCCUGUCCAUCCUGCCUUCCUUCCUGCCCUCCCGCCUUCCUUCCCUCCUUUCUCCCCUUCCUCCCUCCUCCCUUUCUUCUCUCUUCCCUUCCCUCCCUCCUCCCCUUGCUCCCUCAUUCCUUUCCUCCCUCUUUCCUUCCCUUGCUCCCUCCUUCCCUCCCUCCCUCCCUCCUUUUCUUGCUCCCCUUUUCCUUCCCUCACUGCCUCCUCCUCUCCCUCUUUUCCUCCUUCCCUUCCUCGUUCCCUCCAGCCCUCCUCCUAUCCCUUCCUUCUCUCCCCUUUCUCCCCCCCCUCCUUGCAGCCCUCUGUCCACCUCCCCCAUGCCCCGUCCCUCCCUCCCACCCAGCCCCACUGCAUGCUGCAGCAGGCCCUCGCCCCUUCAUGCCUCUGUUUCCCUGCCCACCCUGGAGCCCCAAUAAAGGUGCAGACUCCCA